GUGGUAUAAAUGAAAAAGAGUUUGCUAGAAGAUUAUGGGGCGACAUGUAUUUUAACAGUAAAACGAGGAAAUUCACGAAGAAGGCGCCUAGUAAUACAGCCCAGCGGAGUUUCGUCGAGUUUAUUUUGGAACCAUUAUAUAAGAUCUUCGCACAAAUUGUAGGAGAUGUCGAUACAUGUAUACCUCAAGUUUGUGAUGAGUUAGGAAUCCAUCUUGGUAAAGAAGAACAGAAGUUAAAUAUUAAACCAUUACUACGAUUAGUUUGUAGUCGUUUCUUCGGCUCUUUUACUGGUUUUGUUGAUAUGUGUAUAGAACACGUCCCCUCCCCACAAGAUAACGGUAAAACCAAGAUAGAACAUCUUUAUACUGGUCCGUCUGAUUCUGAAUUAGCUGAGGAGAUGUUUAACUGUGAUCCAGAGGCAAAUUUAAAGAUGGGAGAGAAUGUGUUAAUUUUAAACGUUGAAAAUUGUAGAUAUAAAAUCGAAGUGAAUCGUGUAUCAGCUGGAAACUGGAUAUUAAUCGAAGGAAUUGAUCAACCGAUUGUAAAAACUUCCACCAUUACUGAUGUCUCUACUAACGAUGAGGUAUUUAUUAUUUAUUUUAUUAGUUGA